CAACAAUGGAAAACAAAGAUAGCUUCGGUGCUUCUGAAAAUGGUGAUGACCAGUCGAAUAAGACACUUGUCGAUAACAACAAAGGUGGCAUUAAGACAAUGCCAUUCAUCAUAAUAAAUGAGAUAUGCGAGAAACUGGCAAUGGUGGGGUUCAGUAAAAACAUGGUUAACUACUUGACAAACCAGCUUCACAUGCCAUUAACAAAAGCAGCCAACACUGUCACCAACUUCAAUGGUACUUCGAGCUUGACGCCGCUGCUUGGGGCUUUCAUUGCUGAUUCAUAUGCUGGGAAAUUCUGGACCAUCACUGUUGCAACAGCCAUAUACCUAAUGGGAAUGAUAGUCCUAACACUCUCGGCAGCAAUGCCACAGCUCCGGCCACCGCCAUGCGAAGGUAACCAAGUUUGCCAAGAAGCCAACGGCAGUCAAACGGCUAUUCUCUACCUUGCUCUUAUGCUGGCAGCCUUGGGAUCCGGCGGAAUCCGACCUUGCGUGUCGGCCUUUGGGGCGGAGCAGUUCGUUGAGGAGGACCCUAGGAAUCCUCAUAAAACGUGGGUGUUCUUUAAUUGGUACUACUUUGCAUUGGGAGUCGCCGUAUUGAUAGCAUUAACUGUGAUCGUGUAUAUCCAAGACCAUGUAGGAUGGAGCUUCGGCCUCGGGAUUCCUACCAUAACCAUGGCUUUGUCCAUCAUCGUCUUCCUCAUUGGUUACCCUCUUUACCGAAAUCUGGAUCCUGCUGGAAGUCCUUACACUCGUGUCUUUCAAGUCUGUGCUGCUGCUUUUAGAAAGAGAAAGAUUCCCUUGAUUUCUGAUCCUAAGUUUUUGUAUGUCAACGAGGUGCUUGAUGGCUCGAUUUCCAGUGACGGACUGCUUCAUCAUACAAAUCAAUUCAAGUUUCUGGAUAAGGCUGCCAUUGUGACUGAAGAAGAUGGUGUUGCAUCGUCAGAAAAACCCAAUUUUUGGAGACUUAACACUGUCCAUAGAGUUGAAGAAUUGAAAUGCAUAUUCAGAAUGCUACCGAUUUGGGGAGCUGGUAUUCUGUUUGCCGCAGCCGAUGCUCAACAAAACACAUUUUCCUUACAACAGGGCAACACGAUGGACAAACACCUGAGCAAGUCAUUCGAGAUUCCCUCCGCUUCCAUGUCGGUCUUCGCCAAGUUGUCGACGCUCAUCGUGAUAGUCUUGUACGAUCGCAUACUGGUUCAUGUAGCCCGCAGGUUCACGGGGCUCGAUCGGGGCAUAAACGUUUUGCAGCGGAUGGGAAUAGGCUUUUUCAUCUCGAUAUUAGCAACUCUGGUAGCCGGAUUCGUCGAAGUGAAGAGAAAACAUGCAGCCUUGGCCGAUGGCCUAAUCGACAGCCCGAAAUCGAUAAUUCCCAUCUCUGUAUUUUGGCUCGUGCCGCAGUAUAGCCUUCACGGUAUUGCCGAGGCAUUCACGGCUAUCGGUCACCUCGAGUUUUUCUACGACCAAGCUCCCGAGAGCAUGAGAAGCACUGCAACAGCAUUGUUCUGGACAUCCAUUUCAGCAGGGGACUACACGAGCACGCUUCUGGUUACGCUAGUCCACAAGUACACUGACUGGCUUCCCAACAAGAACUUGAAUAAGGGGAAGUUGGAGUAUUUUUAUUGGUUGAUCACUUUUUUGCAAGCUCUAAACUUUGUAUACUACUUAAUAUGCUCAAAAUUUUAUACUUUCAAGGUUUUCCAUAGCCGCAAGAUAGAACGUGAUGAAGGGGUUGAAGUCACUAGCUCGGUCUAA